AUGAGUCUUAUGACAAAAAGAAUAUUAAAAGAACUUGAAUAACUUAGAAAUGAUCCACCAUCAUCCUUUGUGGCUCAAUGCAUAAAUAAUAACCUAUAUGAAUGGCAUUUUACAAUAAGGGGUCCAGAGGAAUCUGAUUAUGAAGAAGGAAUUUAUCAUGGAAAAAUAGAGCUUCCUGUUGAUUAUCCAAUCAAACCUCCCAACAUUUAUUUUUUGACUCCAAAUGGUAGAUUUGAAGUGAAAACCAAAAUUUGUUUAAGUAUAACAAAGUUUCAUCCUGAAAAUUGGAAUCCAAGUUGGACAAUUAGAACUAUGAUAGAAGGAAUUAUAUAGCAUUUUCAUGUGUCAGACUUUGCAGUGGGUUCAAUAAAAUACACGUCAACUUAAAUAAAAAGUUUAGCUUAAGCAAGUCAUAAAUGGGAAUGCGAACUAUGUGGGCCCAUUGCGAAAUAAAUUGCUCCUAAAAUCAAACAAGAAAAGAAGGAGCAAUAGCCAUAACCUAAAAAAGAUGAAUAAAUUUAAAAUAGGAAUGAAGAUAAAAAGCCUGAAAAUACAAAUAUAUUAAAUAGCAAAAAUUCAGAAUAGGAUUAAUAGAAAUCUCCAUAAGCAAAAGAAUAGUCAUAAGUGAAAGAAUAACCAUAAGCGAAAGAAUAAGUCCAAUAAUAAUAGAAAUAGGUGAUUAAAUAAGCAGAAUAAAAAUAAAAGAGAGAAAGCGAGAGAAAAAGAGAGAUGUAAGAGAAUGAUUAUUCUGAUGAUGAAUAAGAGAUUCCUAUGACUAAAAAAUAAACAGUGGAGUUGGAAAGACUUCUUUGGAAGGCUAUCAAUCCAGACUUUUUGUAAAAUCAUUUUUCAUUGAGAACUUAGAAUUAGUAAUAAGAUCAUUUUCAUCCAUAAUAACUUCAGUACUUCGAUUAAAUUUAUAAAAUGAUGGAAGAGGAGGACAAAGUCUAAAAGUCUUUAGUGCUUAAUAAGCAAAGAGAUUAAGAGGUCAAUAAGAGAGAAGCUGCAGAGGAAGUUGAGAAGCCAUAAGUAGUAAAUAUAAAUAAAUACUAAUCCUAAAUUAAGUUGAUAAAUAUAAUUCUAUGGGCUUUAAUAUUUGGAAUUGUGUUUGUAAAUUUCGGAGAACAAAUUGAAUAGAAGUUUAAAGAAUGGUUGUUAAUUGAAUGA